GAUAUAGCCUGCUCCAUGUUGUAUAUACUCGGUAGACCACUGAACAGGUUAAGGGGGUCAGUCGGCUCUGUCACUAAAGCUACAGUCGCAAUGGCAGACGCUCUGGCUAAAAUCCCUGAUGUGGAGAUUGAUCCAGAAGGAACCUUUAAGUACAUUCUGGUCAGGGUGAAAGUAAAAGAUGGCGAUGCGCAUAAAGAAAUAGUCCGAGGCACUAAAAGUGCAGAGUAUCACAAUCAUAUAUUUGAGAAAGUCAACCCAGCUAUGGAAGCCUUGGGGAUGGAGUGUAAAUGCCUUGGAGGAGGAAAGAUAGAGCACAACAACCAGGACAAGAAAUUAAGGGUGUUUGGUGAAUCAACUGCGUUUGGUAAAGCAGACCACGCUGCGUCUGUGGAGAAGUUGAAGAGUGCCUUCAGUGACUAUGAGAUCACCUGGUCUGAUGACACAAAAUAGAGUAUAAACCAAAUAUUUAAAAUGUCUGACAUUAUUUCUUUCUUCUGAAAAGAAAACCAUACAAUAAUGAUGUCAUCCGUCUGUACAACCUACAUUUGAUUAAAAUACACCAUUCUCCAUUAAAAUGGUCGCUUAUCCCUGA